AUGAGUGCCACAAAGAGCUUUGCGGAUAUCAGCCUGGAGACGUCCAGCCAGGUCGCUGCCCUCUGGCACGAGCCACUUGCCCUGCACAAGCUCCAGGUGGCUCUGAGGCGAGGGAAACGCCGCAGCGCACCAAGAGCAGAUGAUGUAACGCCACAGAUGCUUUGCAGCCUGGCCGCCAGCGAGCAACAGCGCCUGUUUGAGUGCUUUAUUGAGAUAUGGCAGUCAGGGCAGGUGCCAGAGGCAUGGCGCACAGCCAUUGUUGCACCCAUCCUCAAGGCCAAAAAAAACGGCUACGGAAUCGUCGUCCUAUCAAUCGACCAACAGACGGGCUUCCGGCAGCGGCGGGGUACUGCGGACUCCAUUGCUGACAUGGUGUCCACCCUGCAGGACGCCAAGGCCGACGGGGACCUUGCGAUGCUCUUGCUGAUCGACGUACAGGGUGCCUUCGACAGCCUCCCUCACGCAGUUGUCCAGCAGGGCCUGGACCUCCUCGGUGUGCAACAGGAGUCAGUGGUGAGCCCCUUCCUUUUCAACCUGGCCUUGGCACGGUUGCCUGCUGCCCUGCCGAUGGACCCUCACUUCCCCGUGCAGUCUUCAAUCUACGCGGACGACAUGGCCCUAUGUGUGCGGGGACCACCGCAACACAUCUGCAAGGCACGUGCGGCCCUACAGAGAGCCCUGGACACUGCGGCUGCCUACUUGUGCAGCAUCGGCCUUACCAUCUCGGCCAGGAAGAUCGAGGCCUUGCUGCUGCAUCCCAGAGCAGCAGCCCACUGCUCAGCUGCCCGGCUGCCCUUGGAGGGCGUCCAGAUCCCAUGA